CUUUGUAACUUCUUCAGAAUGAUCGGCGUGCUCAUGGUAAUCACUUGCUGUACACUCACAUCCGCUGUCAUCCAUACCUUUGGCAACAAUCGGAAUCAGUAUUACCGUAGAAAUGGCCUUGACACUUAUUACCGAAGAGCUGACCUUGACACUUAUUACCGAAGAAAUGGCCUUGACACUUACCAACAAGGAGGAUAUUUCAAUUAUGGUGGAUUUCUUGAUAAUCUGUCUCCAGAUCCUGUCUGUGGAAGAACUUUGACGAAGUUUGAUUGCCCUUUGUUUGACUUCAGGUCAAAUUUAGUCAGCAAAGAUGACUUCCUUAACGCAAUUUCAUCAGAAUCUGUUUGGUUCAUUAUAUACAGCAGAGGGAUUGGGACACCCAAUCCAUAUGGCACAUGUCAAUUUAGAUUUGAAUCGCCUGUUUCAAAUGGUGACUUUGUCCAAAGAGAGCAAUGUUUUAACUUGGAUACCAACAAGUGUGAAGAUUUUACUUUAUUAAUAAGAUUAGAAGAAGACGAAUGUGGAAGAGUUAAAGUACAAGGAGUAAAUUUUACAUCAGACGUGACAAUAUACAGUCAAGAUAUAAAUCAGUACUAUUGGAGGGAACUUUGCAUCAACAGAAUAGACGAAGACCAAUGCGAGGGAGGGCGUUACAUUGGCCUUAACGUGAAGGGAAGCCGAUUGAUCGAACGACGUCACACUGAUUCCAGUUCUGAGUCUGACCUAUCAACAGAGUCCGGUGAAGAUGAGGGUCAUGUUGUUGACCUGACGUCUCUACCCUGGGACCUGAUCUCAGCCGAUCUGAAGAACAUCUAUGACAGUGACUUUUCAGACCCGGAAAUGAGAUAUGUUUUUCUAGGAAAUGAAUGUGAAGUAUAAAACCUGGACAGAUUUUUCUACAGAAUUGACAUAUAUUUGUAGGAUUGAUAUGUUCAAAGACACUUUAUUUCUCUCUAUAUGUAUCAAUUUCCAUGUCAUCACUACUGUAUUUGUUUACAAAAGUUAUAUAAUAGAAUACAAACUUAUCCAUGCACCUGUAUUUUGAAUGCAUGAAAUUCUGUCUUAAUCAUUCACCUAUUUCCAGGUGAUGUACGCAAUAAACACACGUGUAAUGACACAAAAUAUGUGUUUGUUGUUGCUUUUUAUCUUUGAAUACAGUACGUUCUUCAUAUCAGAAAUUAUUUUUAUAUCACAUAUAAUAACAUAUAAUGCUGCAAAGAAGAUAUACUAACAAACUGUAUUUCUGUGGUUGUUAUUGUUAAUCACAAAACAAUUCAUACAUAUAUUAGGUUAAUUGGCGUUACGUUUCGCCG